UUUCUUCUCCAUCGUUACGCUCUUGUCUUCCUCUCGAUUGAGUAAACCCUAAUUUUCCCAAACCGCAGACACAGAGAGAGAGACACACCAAUGAAUCUCCCGUCAUCGACCGCGACGUCGACUUCGGACUCCCCUCACACGGCGUCGUCGACUCCCCCGGGGACGUGCGUCGCUUGCAAAAGCCAAGACUCCUGGGUCAUACACUCGGCGCGUCUCCGCGGCAUCCUCCGCUUCUACUGCACGCACUGCCUCCUCCGCAACCACCCGGCGUCGUUUUGCCCCACCUGCUUCGCCUUCUACGACUCCUCCCCUCCCCACCAGUCCCGCCGCGUCUCCUGCUCCGACUGCAACUCCAACACUCACAUCCACUGCGCGGGAGACGCCAAGUCCCCUCCUUACCGCUGCCCUCCCUGCCGCGACCCCGAAAACUUCUCCUUCUUCCGCCCGACCGUCGACGAAAACGGCGCUCGGUCCAUGGAUAAGUCCCUCUCGGAGGCGUUUCUCUGCGCGGCGAAGAUCGCAGCCUCGUCGAUGAACAAGGCUGUUACUUUCUACAGAAGCGAGGCUGAGAGGAAAGGGAAAGACGCCGCCGUGGCGAAGAAGAGAGCGAGGGAGGCUCUCGAGGACGUGCUUAAGCUCGAGGAGAAGGCUAAGUCGGCCGCCGUUUCGAAGCCCUCCGUGGAUGUCUCCGGGAAUAGAGAUCAGAAGCCGAAACAGAGUCCUGCUUCGAAUGGUGGUUUGAAACAGAUUGAGAGCUCUGCCGCCCCCACCACCCAAGUGAAGAAACAGAGUCCGUCUGUAAUGCAAGUUAAGCAAGAGAAGUGAUGGUUUUUGAAUGAUAUUAUUAGUGAAUAACUUGAAGCAUCUUUUGUCUUGUUAGUGAAAAAAAGGUUUAAGCUUGGCAUAUUAGUGUAGAUUGUGUAAGUGAUCUCCUUGUUUUCCAGUUUCUUUUUGAUUCGUUUCCUAUGUGUAGGAGUCAUAGGAGACACUGUGUGAAGUGUUAGAUUUAUGUCUUUGAGGCUUUUCAUUGGUGUCCUAAGGGCGCGUGCGUCUGUAGCAGUGUGAACUCUCCCGUACAACCAAACUCUUCACUUUCUCAACA